CUCGCACAUCGAUUUCUGCGCGGCAAGUAGCGCCACAGCGACAAGGGACGAUUGCGAGGCUCACAGACUGAAGUCAGCGAUGAGUUGGCAGGGAGCUGUGCAGUACUGGGCCGAGAAGGCCGGCUGCGCCGAGCUGGACUUUGUGGGCUCCAGCCAAUUCGCUCGAGUAUGGACCUACUCCCUCAUCUAUGGCUUGGUCAUGACCAUCGGCAUCACCGUGCCAUUCCGAUGGUGCGCCUCUGGGAAGGCUGGCAUCAAGAUCGCUGAUGAGCCUGACGGAGAUACGGAAGAGGGAGGGGAUGCUGCGAAGAAGAAGCUGCAAGAGACCCUGACCGGUCUUGGGGAAGAUAUCAAGCCAGACAAAGAGGCUGCAAAGCGGCACUUGAUCAGGACCAGCGCCACCAUUCAUGGCAAGUGGAUGAGCCCUUUGUGGACGCCCACUUACCGCCUUUCCGAGAUCGGUGGAACGGGCACGGAGCUGUACUUCCGCACCUUGAGGAACUUCUUCUUCAUUUUUGCCUACAUGGCGGGCAUCACCGGGCCGCUGCUGGCCUUCUCCAUGUUGGGCACCUUCGGGCCCGACAACGGCCAGUUCCUGGUGAAGACCACCAUUGGCAACCUCGGCGAGUUUGUGGCGGCUGACCUUAUCGACCCGUGGAAUCGAGUGGUGCGACUUGGCUGUGAAGGUACGGAGAUCAACAAGCUGACUGGAAUUUUCGGCUGGCUGGACUUUGCGGCGGUGAUCGUCUUCCUCGUCUAUUUGCUCUGGGCGCGAUUUCUGCAGAUCCCCAGGUGUGCCAUGGCGGAUGACCUGGAGCAAGUGACGCCCCGCGAUUACUCCGUGGUCAUCGAGGGCCUGCCAGCCAAGGUCGAGAAUCAUAAAGACUAUGAGAGGCUUCUGAAGGAGCAUUUGGUGGAGCGGCUGCAGUACACGCGGAGCCGCAGGCAUUCGCCCUGGGAGCUGCCGCCGGUGGAGGUUGAAGAGCUGACCAUCGUGCGAGACUACCGAGGGAGGCUACACGAGCUCAAGGAUCGCGCACACCUGGAGCAGCGCGUGCGGAUCGCGGAGGCCUAUGUUCAGAACGGAGGGAGCACGCGCCGGCUGGACAAGCUCAGGGCACAACUAGAGAAGACGAACACGAAGCUGGGCAGCAAGCUGGAUGGCGACGACGAGCUGCCUGUGGUCCGCGCCUACGCCAUUUUGAGCUGCACGGAGGAUGUCCACAACCUGCUCUUUGACUACCGUUUUGCCAAGUACAGGCUCUUCCGCCUCUGCCAGUUCCGCGGGCGCUGCUUCCAAGGCAAGGCCAUCAAAGUCAGCCGGGCGCCGCAGCCGACGGACAUCAUCUGGGAGAACCAGGACAUUGGAGUCAUGAGCCGAGUGUGCAGGCAGAUCACUGUGCUCUUGAUCUUCUUCAUCAUUCUUUCGCUCUCGCUGGCGCUGAUCUACCUCACCACGGUGGCCAGCAAGGCCACUUCCAAGACCUCGAUCAGCUACCUGGGGGUCCCCGAGUGCGACCCCGCGGACGCCGGAGUGGAUCUCCAAGGGCAGGAGCAGUACAAGUGUUUGGUCCAGGAGGCUGCCAACUGGACCUUGGCUUACGCCACAGAGACAGGUGGGGACAUCUUGAGCUGCUGGUGCACCGCGCAGGGCUAUGAAGCCCUCAUCUCCCAAGAAGAUUUGCGGAACGCCUGCGCGCCGUGGUUCUUAGAACUGGCGGCGUCCAUCGGCAUCGGCACGGCCUCGUCCAUGAUUGUGACGGUGAUCAACUUGGUGCUCCAGCUGAUCAUCGCUGCGCUGGCAGAGUUUGAGCGACCUGUGUCGCAGACUGCCCUGAACAGCUCCAUGAUGAAGAAGGCUUUCUGGGCGCAGACCUUGAACACAGGCUUUGUGUUGUUCCUGGUGAACUACUUCGCUCCCGAGUUCUUGCGGAACGCCGUGCUGGUGCUGCAGCCAGUAGGAUGGAUCCUCUUCCGUGGACCCUUCGCAGACAUCACGCGGGGCUGGUAUGCGAUCGUGGGUGUUACGCUCCUGACGAACAUGGUGAUCAAUAUGUUUGUCCCGGCCUGUGUGACCAUCGCCAAGAUGUUUGCGAAUGGAGCCAUGCGGUGUUGGUUCAGUCGCGGAGUGGCGCACCAGGCGGAGCUGCGGGAACUGUACACCAACCCGGAGUUCGACAUCAAGCAGAAGUAUGCCCAGCUUCUCACCACGGUCUUCGUAACUCUGAUGUACGGCGCGGGCCUGCCGUUGCUCUACUUCCUGGCCGCCGUCUUCAUGGCGCUCCAGUUCUGGGCGGACAAGUACAACCUGCUCUGGGGCUCCAAGAGGCCCCCGCAUUACGACACCAAGAUGGCCAAGGAGGCGAUCGAGAGCUGCUUUUACGCCAUUCCACUCCAUUGCGCGCUGGCCAUCUUGAUGUUUGGCCAGACCUGCGUCUUCCCCUCCAACCCGUUGGGCGGCGACCUCGCUGACUUGGCCAACCAGGGCGCCAGCUACACCCCCGGCCUGUUGCAGCAGUUCCUGCCGCAGAUCACCCGAGAGUCGACCUGGAUGUUCUUCCUGCUGCUGGUGCUGCUGAUUGUACUGUGGGUUCUCUGGCUGGUGCUGUGGAUCAUCGGGGGCACGGCCUCCACCGCCUCGGACUUCCUGGUGGCGCUUUGCUGCCCCCGCUGGCGCAAGUCCCAGCCCAGCAUGGAGGAAAUCAAAGAGGCCCUGAAGCGCGGGGAGCGCACGAUCAACGGGCACACCAUUGACGUGGCCAGCACCAUGUCCUGGAAGAGAGCACGAGACCACAUCGAGCAGACCUUUCCUCCUGCCUCCUACAGCUUACAAGCACACCCAGAGUGGAGUACGCUGGCACCUUUGCUGUGGCCACAAAGUCGCCCUCCGACACAUCGAGGUGAGGCGAACGCUUCCGACUCGGCCCUGCGAUCUGCCGGCCAAGGGUGACCUCUUGCACUUUGAAGAUGACGCGGGGCUUGGACGUGGAGUUGAGUUUGUUUCAGGCCACUUCUCUUGGCAGAGUUUGUACACGUCCCACGGGAUGGACUGUUUGUCCCCAAAGUAGCUGGGGAAACCAGAGCGACAUGGCGAAUGAACCCAUGGGGCUAGACUCAGCCGGUUUUGGAAUGCACGGAUCUUGGGCCCAGUGGAUCGAUUGAUCCCAAAGUUGGACGGCUGGAGCUCAAAUCGAGCGAAUCCUCUGAGAGGAUGCGCCAUAGGCAGCAUUCCGGCGGAAUGUAUGAACACAUCAAUGAACCCUGGUG